GUCUUGCUUAGAAAAUAGAAAACAUAACCAAAAAUUGAAACCUCUCCAGUAAACAUAAUAAUGAAUUUCAAAGAUAGAACCGUUUCAGGACCAAAGAUGAACUCCACCAAUUUAUAUGUAACAACCACACGAAUCAUAAUGAAAUCUGAUCCAAGCAAUCCAAGUUCAUGGCAAGACCUCUUCAGACUGGUACCAUAUUUAAGAAAUUCCCUAUGUUGUGUAGUUUGCUCGAAUUUAUUAGUAGACCCAUUUUCACCGAAUAUAGCCCAAUGUCAACAUCACCUCUGUAGAGGAUGCAAGGGAGGUCGAAAAAAAAUUAAACCUGCCUGUGAGGGAUGCAAAGACUGUCGGGACUAUUCAGAAAACACCCGAUUGCGGAUACUGUUGCAGUGUUACAAAAAAAUGUGUAGCUCAUUGAUCAAUUCCCAGUUAUUUACCAGUAUUACUCAACAAGCAUCUGAUCUAGGCACAGGUUUUGAAAGUGGUGCUAGUAAUCUGAUAUUAUUAAUAAAAGAAGGGGCUGCAUUUCAAGAUGAUUACAAAAGUAAUGGUGGUUUACCUAAAUCUGCCUAUGCUAUUUUACCAUGCAUUUACUCAAACUCAGUAACUACUCAAAUACAAAGUGUUCAAGAACCUCCCAGUAGAAAUGAAGAAAACAAUAUAUUGAAUUCAAAUGUACUAAAUAGAUCUGCUUUUUAUUCGGUUUUGUAUCCUGGUAAUGGCAGCAAAAUAACAUUGAAGAGAAAACCCAAAGAAGGUGGAGGAGCUGGCAAACCUCCAGUAACAAGCAAACAAAAAGAUGUUACAGAUAAGUCUGUGUUCAAAAAACCUUGUACAGUGAAGCCUAAGAAAGGAUGCAGGUGUGGAAAUGCCACUGCUACUCCUGGAAAAUUAACUUGUUGUGGUCAGAGGUGUCCUUGUUAUGUUGAUAGUAAACCCUGUAUAGAAUGCAAAUGUAGAGGUUGCAGAAAUCCCCAUAGAAUGGAUGGACAAAAAGUGAUACCACACAUACCUGAACUCCAACACAUUCAUAUAAUGCCUCCAUUACAGCCAAGGCCUCACUUAUCACCUGACAUUCAGGACAUUAAACUUGAUGGACUUGAAUUUGAUACACAGUUUAAUCCAUUUGAACCAAUAGGAUUAAAUCAAACAUAUAAAACCUUCAAAGUUGUUGGUGGUUAUAAUACCCUGCCCUUAUCAUCAGAUCUAUUACCUCUAGGAUUUAAUGAAGAAGAGUCAGAAAUAAGUGUAAUCUGACCUGAAGGUAUCAUUUUAAUAUGUACAAUAAAGGUCUCUGUGAAAACAUUCAGGAAUUAAGUAAUUUUUAUACAAUUUUUGUAACAAAUUAGUAUCAGUGCCACUGGAGUCUGAGAUGUAUUUGGCCAGACUGGAAUGUCCAUAUGGAAUAAAAUGACUAUUUAUUUGUAGAAAUCCUUUAAAUGAAAUUUCUGCAUAUUCCACUUCACAAAAGUGUCCAUGAAAAGUACUUGGUACUUAUGUACUUCAAUUCUGCUGUGAUUACUGAAUAUUUUCUUGGAAUUUUCCAUCAAGUAUGUGAACGUUUUUUGGCAUUUACUGGGUGACAAUGAAAUAUUCAUAUAAGGAGUCAUCAAUCGACUUUUGAGUUGAAAAUUUGUGUUGAGAUGCUACCUCAUUAUUAAGACACACUUCUAUG